GUUGAUUCAAAGUAUUCAGCUGUAUACUUCCGUUUACACAAGACGCACUGCUGUAAAACUGGUGGUUAUAAAUAAAUUUGCAAAUUGUUAAACUAACAUUUGUUUUAAAUGGCGAAAAUUUUGUGUUACCGUUUUGAAGUAUCGCGAGUUGUUUUAGGUUGGAUAGGUACAAUACUUUCCAUAAUCACACUUGUAUUGCUUUGUUUCUGUCUGAAAUAUCCGGAUGUAAUGACCAGGUGGUUGAUAUCCUUAGCAGACGACGAAUCGAAGAUUGACUACAAUGAAAUGCGCAACGAUGUGAUUUGGGCAUCAGUGCUGUAUAUUGUCUUAUGUGUUAUGAAUAUGAUAACAUCCAUUUGCCUAAUAUUGGGCAUACACAGAUUUUGCACACCGUCAUUAAAAUACCCAUUCAUACAUUUAACAAAGAAACAGGAGAAAGUUGUGAAAAACAAGAGCACCGCAGCUUUACUGACAGCAACUGGCCAACCAACACAAACUUUUAAUGUUUAAAAAGGCGCUGCAAACACACAUACAUAUGUACACAAAGAUAUUUGCAUAUGCUGAGGAUCACUCUCUCUCGCCGGAGCACAUGACUACAAACUAAACUAAAUUAAAUCUAUUAAAACUAAACAUAAAUUUACAAAUACUCACGCAUAUAUAGUUAAAUAAACUAACACAAUCAUUUUCAUAUCAAUCAUACAUACAUACAUACAUACAACUAAACAAAUACAAAUGUAAUAUUUACAACAACUAACUUUCAUAGAACAAAUUAAAUGAAACAAGAAAAUACAUAUUUUCAACACAUGACUCUACAGCGAUAUACAUAUAUUUUAUAUAUGAAAUGCCUAAGGUUUAAUAGACAUACAUAUACACAUAUAUCAGCAAUAGGAUACAUUGUUAUAUAACGGCUGGAAAACUUCAAAUAUCGCAAUACAACAAUACUUGUAAAAAGGACACACGUUUUUAAGUGAGUAUAUUUUAUUUUAAGGUGAGACUAGACUUUAAAUUGUGCUCAUUCUUCGUUAGGCAAUAUACAUAAAUACAACAGCUGAUUUGCUAACCCAAAAAUAGCACAUUGGCGGCGACUUAAAACGUCUAACACAGUUGAAAUGCAAAAAACAAAAUCAAGCUUUUAAAAAAUAAAGAAAUAAUACUAAAUAAUAACAAUGAAUU